AUGGAGGAGCAGGCUAGCGAUCCACCGGCGGAGAGCCUCUACACCACGGCCAAAGCGUCACGAUUUCACUUCAAGUCUGGGCCCAAACAUCGCUCAAAGCGUCACAAAAGCGAAAGCAAGGACGAAGAUACCGAUGACCAUACUUCCAAGAGAUACAGGUCGGAUCGGACCAGCGAAGAACGGCGCAGCCACCGCGACUCGAGGCGCAAACACAAGCACAAGCAUCGCUCUUCCGACCAAGAUCGUCACCCGACAUCCACACGAGACGGCGCCUACUACGACCCUGAUUACCGUCACCGCGAAUCAUUAUACGACAACUUAGAGGAUCUAGGUACAGGCUCUCCAGGCCCAGCUCCCGAUGACGCUUUCCGCGAGUCGCUGUUCGAUGCGCUUGCCGACGAUGAAGGUGCGGCGUACUGGGAAGGUGUAUAUGGCCAGCCCGUACACAUAUAUCCCGACACAAAAUCCGGCCCCGAUGGAAAGCUGGAGCGUAUGACGGAAGAGGAGUAUGCGGACUUUGUGCGUACGAAGAUGUGGGAGAAGAGCCACCAGCACAUUGUGGAAGAACGCGAGGCAAAAGAGCGGGCGCGUCAAAAACGAAAAGCGCAACGCAGCCAGCUUGAUGAGGAACUCGAGCGGGAGGAAGCAGAACGAGAGAGCAUGCGACGCCGCAUGGAAGAGAGCCUGCGUCGGGGCGAGGAGCGGAAGAAAGCGAAGGAGGCAGAGGCUGCAUGGGAAAGUUACACGGCCAGAUGGGACAGCCUGAAGAAUGCCCAAGGUCUGGAUAAGGAGACAGAUGCGAAGGUCCGAGAGAUGAUCCCAUGGCCCGUAGUGUCUGGCAGAGCAAAUCACGUCUCCAAGGAGGAAAUAGAGCGCUUUUUCCGGACUACAAAGACGUGGAAGGAGGACCCUGCGUCACUACUGAAGGCGGAGCGCGUGCGCUGGCAUCCCGACAAGAUGCAGCAGCGAUUUGGACAGCAUAUUGACUCCGAGACUAUGAAGUUGAUCACGGCGGUUUUCCAGGUUAUCGAUCGACUGUGGAACGACCGACGUUGA